AUGAUUCAACAGAUGUCCCUCAAUUCCAUCCAGCGCGUCAAGUGCCUCUUUGAACCCGUGGACGUCUUGGCCACACCAUCGUGCCUCCAGAAAGAAUGGCCCUGUGUCUUCCCGGGGUACCUCGGCCUGGCGCUGACGGCCCGGCCGGACCCGGCAACCGUGAACCACAUCUGCUGGGGGCCCAUGGACUUGGAGAACCAGCACGCGAAGUGGAUCGUGGCGCGGUGGCGCGACAACGCAGAGCAGCCGGGGGGCAGAGUCCUCGACGUGGACGAGUACGGAAACCAACACCUGGGCCACUGCGCCGUGGUCUUCGACUGCGGCUUCCAUCUCCACCCGAUCUGGAUCUUCUUGAUGCGCGUAUUCUUCGAAGAGGUCCUCAUGGGCAUGGCCGCGGACGGCAAGCCCCACCGCAACCUGGUCGAGCGGCACCUGCCCGAGGGCUGUCUCCAAGGAGGCUGCCACGAGUGCAGGCGCGACGGGACGAGGGUGAAGCCGGUCCAACCCCCCAGGGACCGGGAGCUGCGCGAGUUCAGACCGCGCGACAGGCUACCUCGCGUGCGGUCCUUUGUGAUCAACGCCGAGGACCUGAAGAGGGAGCUGACGAUGGGCAAUUUCCUGCGCCAGUGCAGCGAGGUCUACUUUCCGCGGUUCAGCCAGAGCUGGGUGUGGCCCGACUGGGAGCAGGCGCACCUCGACAAGACGGUGAGGCUGCUCAGCACGUACUCUUCGUCGCCGCAGGCGGCGGAGAUGAGGAAGGCCGCGCUGGCGCCCGAGGGGUGGUGUCAGAGGUUUGAUUGGCGGCCGCUGGAGAAGGAGGCAGUGGACUUUUUGGACUGCUGA